UGUAAGGAAAGGACCAAUACUGGUUUGCAGAUUAUAAGUCUAUUAAUCGGUGGAGAAGCACUUGCUUGUGGGGUUAACAUAAAUUCCGUAAACACCAGUGGAUUCACACCGAAGGAUGUUCUGGAUCUUUUGCUCCAAACUGGAAGUGAUUUUCAUGAUAUUCAUAUUUAUCAGAUGUUUCAGCAAGCUGGAGCUGUGACAGCUCAAGAAAUAACAAGGGACCCUGCUUAUUUCCGAACUCAAAGGGAACCCAUAAACACCGCGUACAUAGUUCAAUCUGCUUGUUCAUGGAACCUAUGGAAGGAACUAAUGAAAGAGGUGGCGGAAUCGUCAACCGAAACCCAAAAUGCACUAAUGGUGGUGGCAGUCCUUAUAGCAUCGGUCACGUACCAAGCGAUUCUCAGCCCUCCGAGUGGUUUUUGGGAUGCGGAUAAACUAAAUUCGCAGACCGUCACAGUUCAAAAGAGAACCAUGAUGCCUGGAGAAGCUGUGAUGGCAGAUGACCCUGAAGUUUUUGCUGUGUUCAUUGUGUUCAACGCAAUUGGUUUCUUUGCAUCGCUUGCGAUGAUAUCUCUGCUUACAAGUGGAUUCCCUCUGAGAGCAGGCUUACGGCUGGCCAUAAUUUCAAUGACGGGAACUUACGUAAUAGCAGUGAUCUACAUGGGUCCGACGAAAAUGAGGGAAGUGUAUAUAGUGGUGAUUUUCAUGGGGCUUCUGUUUGUUGCGGAGUUGGUACGGUUCACUAUGUGGUUGCUCAAGAAAUGGGGAGUUCUUACUGAUACAAGGAGCUGACCGCAUUAGACGAAUCCACUCAAAUGAGUUUUAGAAGUUGGUAUCUUUUGGACAUAAUUACAUGUUCUGUAGAAUAUAUUGUCAUGUACCAUUGUUCAUAACAUAACAUGAAAGCAAAACAAAAA